CUAACACGUGUUGCUUUUACACCUUCUCACCGUCUAACCUAUGAUUAUCGUCUGAGCUAAGCUACCUCCAGAUAGAGAGAGAGAGAGAGAGACAGUCUUUUUUUUAUAGAGAGAGGGGGAGAGUGAAAAGGAAAUGGAUGGUUGUAAUGGCUGGCAUGUGAUAAGAGGAGCUGCUGCUGACGCUUGUGGUCGUGCUGGUGCUCAGGAUAAAACGAUUAUUAACCGGAUAAUGCAUAGAUUCCGACCGAUUGCACCGAAGCCGGCUGCCGGUGCUGAUCUAGACUCUAGCUCUUCAGUGAUUGGCAACAAAGAAUUGGUAGCUUUCAAGACAACUAGAAGAAAGAGAAAGUACGUUAGGGUUUGUAAGAGUAAUAAAUUGAAGAAAAGCAAAAGGGUGCCGGGAGUACCAUCGUCAGAUCAAGAAAAGGAAAGAGAAGGGGAAGGAGAAGGAGAAGGAGAAGGAGAAGGAGGUGAUUUCAGCAGUGUUGUUACUUUACAGUUAUUACCAGAGAGAAGUGAAUCGAAGGAUGAUGAGUCGCAAUUAGAAAGAAUGGGAAAGACAUGGUGCAAUAAUGAUAAUUCUCAAGAUCUUGCCGUAGAUAAUAUUAAAGAAUAUGUCGAUGAUCAAGAAAAGCAAGAACAGCCCAUGUGUUUUAAGUUCAAGUUAAAGCAGCCCAUGAUUGAGGGUUAUGGUAAGCCAGAUCAGAUGUUCGUGAUGCUUCCUCAAAAGAGGGAAACUACAGUAGCGGAAUCCUGGGUGACGGUAGAGUGCGUGACAGACAUAUACAGUACAUGCAUGGAUGGUAGAGCUAUAUUAUUAGGGUGUACAGACGUGGAGAGAAUGAGGAAUCUGGAGGGGGACACGUGUCCCGGAUUCAUAUCGGACGGUUUGAAUCACGUACAAUGGAUAAACUGGGCUUACAAGAAGAUGGUGGAGAUGGUAACGAAGGAAGAUAGUAAAGAGAGAGUACAGCUGUAUGAUACAGUUCCAGAAGUAAUGGUUUGGUUGGUGAUAAAGGAAAAGUUGUUGCCUUUUGUGGACUGUGCCUCUGCGUUUAGCUGCUGGGUUAGGUUACAGAACUCGUGGCAGAAAGAGAAGGGUUCACAGACGGUUGUUCCUUGUGAUGUUUGGAGAAUGGAUUGUGGAGGGUUUGCAUGGAGACUGGAUAUUGACUCUGCACUCAGUUUGGGCCGUUGAUGAAGAGUACAGAUCAAACGUCGACAAAUAAACAGGUAUUUUAAAGGGACUCAGCUAGCUGGCCCACUUUUCCCAACUCUCAUAUUCGUAUCAUCUACUUUCUAAUUAAGAUGAGAUCAUGCAUGCUUAUAUUUUAUAUUAUGCUUACAUUACAUUAAUGAUUAACUAUGCAAUUAUCUCAGACAGGUUUAAUUUCAUGCGUGAAAUAUCACUCAUGUACACACGUACGCAUAACCUAAAUUACUUAUUCACAUUUUCCCUUAAAUAGGAAAAAACAUAAUUUCACGAAUCGUUUUAAGGUGAGAAUGUUAGAAGAUUAAUUAUAAGUUAAUUAUGCAUAAAUAAAUCCUUUAAAGUUAAUAAUAGUGAUAUAGCUAAGUAAUACGGGUUCUAUAUAUAUGGUUGGUGUGUGUACAUAUAUAACAGAGAAAAUUAAUAAAUAUUCUCUAUAAAAACUGAAAACCAAAGUGUUAAUUAAUGCCCCCAUAAUUACCUAAACAAGUUUAAUUUAGCUACUUAAUUAUUAUAAACUCAAACCGAACGCCAAAUUAAUUAUUGUAAAGUAGAAACAAUAAAUUAUUUAAGUUUCGAAGAAUAAAGAAAACUCAAUCCCUUUAAAAUCUUUUAACUCUCCACCUUAAAUCUUACAACAAUUUCUUUCUUUUCACCUUUAAUUAUACGUACCAAACCCACACCCUUGGAAGUGAAUCAAAGAAAUAUUAUAUGGAAUUUCGAAAUGCUUGCAAGCAUCAACACAUCUUUAAUUUAAUACAAUUAUAUAUUCAAGCCAGAUAUUUGAAUUCUUCCAAAUUAAAGGAUAAGAACAAGAAUGAAAUAUUGCUUGAAGCUAGCUGACUCACUAUUCUAUAUUCUGCAUAUAUAUUUAUCUUGAUUGAACAACAAUAGAUAAAGCUUCCUUUUUAAUUCGUUACCCGCCGUCCUUAUUGAUCCUCUAUUUAUUCUACAUUACA